AUGAGUACGCCAACUCCGCUCUCCAAGCUUCUCGCUGCUCUGUCUUGUGUAUGCUGGGCUCUAUCGACCCCUGCGGCCGCACAGACCACCGCACCACCUGGAACCGUCGAUGUCGCCUUGAGAACAGGCGUGUUCCGCGGCGUGACGCAGGUCAAUGGGCCAGACAAGUUCCUCGGGAUCCCGUUCGCCCAGCCACCUGUAGGCAAUCUGCGCUUCAAGGCGCCAGUGCCCAUUACGGAGCCUUCUACGGAGAUCUUCGAUGCGUCUGCGUUUGGAGAUGCGUGUCCGCAGCCGGCUAAUCCUCCUGGGUUGACCCUCGGUGCGGCCAUCGGCGAGGACUGUCUUCGUCUCAAUGUCUUUAGGCCUGCGAAUAUUUCAAGCGAUGCGAAGCUUCCUGUUAUGGUUUGGCUACAUGGAGGAGCAUACACAAUCAACGCGGCAUCUAACCCACAGUAUGACCCUUCUGAUUUCAUACAAAGAAGUAUUGCCAUUGGAAAGCCAAUUGUAUUUGUGUCGAGUAACUAUCGUCUUAACACCUUUGGAUUCUUAGCUAGCGCAGACAUGCCACCAGAAGACCUAAAUGCUGGCCUUUUGGAUCAGCGCAUUGCACUUGAGUUCGUACAGGAUAACAUUGCGGCCUUCGGAGGAGAUCCUGAAAAGGUCACUAUUUGGGGACAGUCCUCAGGUGCUGGAAGCGUCGAGGCGCAUUUCCUAUUCCCCGCCAACCGAACAUUGUUCCGAGCUGGUAUUGCAGACUCGUGCACAGGCCCAUUCAAAAAUUCUCCGCCUCCUAGCACAUUCGACAAACCUGGGAAACCAUUUGCUCGACUCCUUGAGGCUACUGGAUGCGCAGCGGGGACUGGAGCAAUAGCUUGUUUGCAAGCUGUCCCUUUCGAUACCCUUCUGAAUAUCAGUAAUGCCAUGGUUUCUGCCACUCUAAACCAUCAGUUAUGGGAGCCUAGUACCGGACCUGCCGGAAAUAUUGCCUUUGAGCCAGCAUCCAAGAGGAUCAAUUCAGGGGAUUUCUUGCAUCUUCCUUUCAUCGGCGGCACUAAUGUCAAUGAUGGAACAAUGUUCAGUACCACGCUUUUUGGACUUGGAUUAUCCGGUCAAGCGGAAGAUGAUGCCUUCAAGAAUUUUAUUUUCAAUCUAGUCAUCGACAACGCUACCCUCACCAACAACGUCGUAGACGCGUUUGUUUCAAUGUACCCAGCCAACGAUCCAGCCAACGGGGCGCCAUUCGCCACGGGUGACUCCCUGUUCGAUAGAGCAGCUGCUUGGUAUACCGAUACGAUGUUUGUUGCCCCGAGAAGGUUCUUCUUCCAGCGUGCUGCUAAUUUACAGCCCAUGUUUGCGUACCUGUUCGGCGAAUUUAUUCAAGGAAAUAACCCCGAGCUUGGUGUUGCUCACCAGACAGAGCUUCAAAUGAUAUUUGGUGCCGAUCCGCCCGUCUCUGCCCUUGAGAGUGAAUUCUCUACCACGUUCAGAGAUUUCUAUAUUAACUUCGUCAAUGACCUCAACCCUGGUCCUGCAUGGCCCCGUUUCUCGCCAGAAUCUCCCAAAGUCUUGCAGCUUAUUCGAGAUAAUAUUACUUUGAUCCCCGAUACUUUUAACCAGCAUCAGGUCGACUUCAGCAAUUCUCCAUUAGUGUUGGCUGAGCUGCAGAGAUGA